AUGGACGAAACAAAUGCAGCAAGAGAAACUCAAAAUUUCAUGGACGUUGAAUCUUUCUCCCAACUACCUUUCUUCCGUCGUCCUCCCUCCAAAGAUAACAACCCUAAACCCAUUCGUCUCUUUGGAAAAGAGUUCACCAUUGGAGAUUACUCCGAUACCAAAAACAAAGAAGAUGAACAAGUAGAAGAAGAAGUAGACCAAACCGGAGAUAACAACGGUAAGGACAAUAGCAUAAGCAACAACAACAACAACAACAGGAGAUUCGAGUGUCACUAUUGUUUUAGAAACUUCCCUACUUCACAAGCCCUAGGUGGACACCAAAACGCUCACAAAAGAGAACGCCAGCUCGCCAAACGCGGUGCUUCCUCUUAUUUUCAUCAUCCCAACGCUAAUCUCUAUGGUUACCGUCACUACCCGUCGUGGAGCAGCACAUCUUUACCGACCGCUAGGUUCUACGGAGGACACACUCCAGGGCCAGGACCGUCCUCCUUGUAUCACACUCAACCGAUCAAUGGGAGUCCACUAGGAGUAUGGCGUGUACCGCCUUCAUCUACUAGCGUUAGAGGCGUUUAUAACUCAAACGCAGCGUUUAGUAAUGAUAACUCGGUUUUACCGUCCUUGGCUGGUUCUCAGCCGCAUCUACCGUUACGAAUGGGAGGCUCCGCAGCUCAAAACAGCAUGUCAUCAUACCGUUACGGUUUGAGCCCUAAUGUGCACGAGCAUGUGAGUCUCGAUCUUAAUCUUUAACGUUACAGAAACUAUAUA